UUCAGUGUUGUUUCGUUAAAGGCUCGCGAGCCAUUCUGUCCUCGCGACGGAGCCAUGCAGACUUUGCGCAAAAAUAAAGUCUCACUCAUCAGAACCCUAUCUACUGAUGCCAGAUUCAUCUUGCAGUAUGUACAACAGGAUAACAUCAUCACUGAUCGUGAAUACAGCAAUCUUAAUCAUGAAACCAACACAACGGAGGAGAUUGUCAUUAAGCUUCUGGACACUGUGAUGAACAAAGAUGAUGAAACAUGUUGUAAAUUUGUGGAUCUUUUGCAGCAAGAAGAUGUUCAGGAGACCUUUCCUGGGCUGCAGCAAGUUUUCAACCCUGCACCUGCAUCACACAACCAGGAAAAUCCAGUCAGAGCAAUUGAUGAGGAGGACGACUGUUAUGCCAUGACUCGGCGACCUGUAGGACACUGUCUGAUUAUUAACAACCACAAAUUUGGAGAUAUAGCUCUGAUGAAUAGAAAUGGGACAGACAUAGAUAAAGAUGCACUGAAAGAAGUUUUUGAAAGAAUGCAUUUCUUAGUGGAAGAGAGAAGAGAUCUCUCGAGUUCAGACAUUCUGAAAGUACUGACGGAGUUUUCAGUGAAGGACCACUCCGAAAUGGAUGCUUACGUGUGUUGCAUUCUUACACAUGGUGGCAAGGGCAUCGUGCUGGGGACUGAUGGCAAAUCUGUUCCGAUCCGUGACCUCACUCUACCGCUUGCCCACUGCCCAACGCUGACGGGCAAGCCCAAACUCUUCUUCAUCCAAGCGUGUCAGGGCAGCAAGAUGCAUGAGAGUAUUUGGAGGCAAGUUGAAACUGAAGAGCAGAUGAAGGCGCACGCACCUCCUGUGAACGUUGCCACCCCCUUGAGGAGGACGUGGACCCAAGCCAUGCAGACUUUGCGCAAAAAUAAAGUCUCACUCAUCAGAACUCUAUCUACUGAUGCCAGAUUCAUCUUGCAGUAUGUACAACAGGAUAACAUCAUUACUGACCGUCAUUACACCAAUUUUAAACACAAUAACCACACAAAGGAUGAAGACAUUGUCAUUAACCUUCUGGACACUGUGAUGAGCAAGGGUGAUGCAACAUGCUGCAACUUUUUGGAUCUCUUGCAGCGAGAAGAUGUCCAGGACACUUUCCCUCACCUGAAGCUACUUUUCACCCCUGCACAUAUUUCAGUCAACCAGGGCAAGCCCAAACUCUUCUUCAUCCAGGCGUGUCAGGGCACCAAGCUGCAGAAGGGUCUGUGGAAGCACUAUGGAACUGAAAAGGAUGAUGCAGAAAAAGUCGAUCUCAGCCGAAUCCCUAUUGAAGCAGACUUCUUGAUUGGGAUGUCAACUCUGGAGUCGUAUGUGUCUUUUCGUCACUCAAAAAAAGGAUCCGUUUACAUUCAGGAGUUGUGCAAACACCUAAAGACAGGCUGCCAGAAACAAGAAGACAUCCUGACAAUCCUGACAAGGGUGAACCGUGGUGUUGCUGCUCGAGACAUAAACUCGGGCAACAAUUGCUACAAGCAGAUGCCUGAGCCUCGGUACACUCUUACCAACAAACUGGUGCUACCAAUUGACUGAGCUAGAAAGUUUUGAAGCUUUGUCUUCUGUUACCUCUGAAUAGCCUUUCAAUUUAACUUGAUCAACAUGCAGAUUUUAGCCGUGUUACAUUUAAAGUAACAGUAUGUUUAAUGGCACACUCAGGUUAUUUGGCAUAUCAGGCCAAUGGAUUAAAUGAAGAAAAGGUUCCCAGCCACAUGUUUCUUUAUGAGCAUGAUUUCAGAAUGCUGCUUUAGAAUGAUUUCAGAGAACUGUUGAUUAAGUUUAUCUGCAGUUCCGAACUGUUGUCUAAUAAUGUUUUUCACAUUUAGGUAACAAAUGUGUGAUGUCCUCAGACACGAGUACAAUGAUCAGCUAUGAUAUCACAACCCAAAAUAUUAAGCCCAAUAUUGUGUUGGUUGGUGGCACGGUGGCGUAGUUUUCAGCACUGCGGCCUUACACCUCCAGGGUUUUGGGGGUCGAUUCUGCCUCGUAAAAAGUAAACUAAAGACGAGAUCAUGGGUUCUUAAUACUCAUCUUUGUCUGUGGUCAAGUCUAACAGAAAAGCCAACAUACAACAAAUUGUUAAAAAAACACAGUCAUCACAGCCUGCCACAUACUGUAUGAGGCUUAAUAGUCAAAGUGCUCAAGAUUGUUAAACCAGCCUCCAAAUUCCCCAGAUCUCAGUCCAACCAAGAAUCUGGGGAAUGCACCAGACAAACAUGUCCUACAGUAUCUAUGCAGGCCCCACCCCACAACCCACUGCACUCAAAGGAUACUCCGCUAACCUCCCAGUCCUACACACCACAGCACACCCCCAGAGGUCUUAAGCAGUCAUGCCUAGGAGGUCCAGAGCUGCCCUGGUGGCACAAGGGGACUGACACAAUACAUUUGUUUAUUUUAUACCUCCUACCUUGUAUAGAGUCGGAAGAGGCCUAAAGUCUAUACCAGGAGACUUUUUCGUAGUCUUGAUCGUAGGGUAUAAAUGAAAGUGUGUGUGUGUGCUGUGUGUGCCCUGUGAACAUGCACUCCAUGCACACAGACCCGAGGUGGGAAUUGAACCCUGCACCAUGGAAUCACUUACUGGACGUGAAAUUUGAUUCUCCUUCAAUAUUAUUCAAUGGGAAAGUGCAUCUCUCAGCAAUUCAGGGCAUAAAUUAAACAAAAAUCUUUUUUAAAGGACCUGGUUUACAAAAAUGUAAAAAUAAGAAAUGUAAAACAAGAAAUGAUAAGCCACUCACUGCAUCAGUUAGGGUUAAAAAACUUGUAUAGAGCAGUAUUAAUCAAUGCAGUAAUUAACAAAAGGAAGGCUCUUGCCUAUUGAGAUUUUUUGGCUGAGCAGUGUAAUAAUAAUUACCAUUAUUCAUUAACCU